AUGCCUGAGGUGCGUAGGGGCAGCCUUGCGCCAGUGUCCGACUCGGCCCUCUCGUCGACAGAUGUCCCUGAAGCCCCCGAGAUCUCUCGUCCUUCGCAGUCUCACCAAUCCUCGACAAAUGGUGUACGAUUCAACCUUCCAGAGGAAGCAGCUUCGCCAGUUUCACCUCGAGAGCCGCUGGACUCAGCGUUGGCUGAACUACCUCGACGGACAUCUGAGGGCGCUCGACGGAAUCCGGACGCUCCUAGAAGGAGUUCAGAUGCGCGACGAAGCUUAUCCUAUGCUCAGCGACCCCAAGCAGAAGCAUACUACGAUUCUCGAGCUGCUACCCGAAAAGAAUAUCGACGACGAGCUACAACAUUACUAGAGUAUUACGACGAAAACCCCCAUCUGCUGCCACAGCUCCCGUUUACAUGGCAUCACGGCUGGAAGCGCUGGCGACUCUUCAUCUUCGCAUUCCUGGUCUUUGUCGACGCAUCCGCGGUUCCGAUAGCUCUAUACUAUGGACUCAAAUAUGCAGGGGACGUUGAAGGAUGGAUCAUCUUUGCGGUAGUCACGACAAUCUGGGGUGGUCCCACGUACUUGGAAUUCGCCAUCCGCACCCUCCGAUUGAUCAAGGUGGAUAGGUUCUACCGACCGCUGGGGACGAAUCACCGAUGGUGCUUUGAUAUGCUGACGUACUCUUCCACCCUUACUAUUUUUGUGGUUACUGCUCUGUUCAUCAUUGGCAGUGCCCCUCACAAUGUUUGGUUGAGAGUGCUGUGCAUGCCUGCGCCAGCUAUUCUUUACUGCUAUGGUGGUGUUCUGUUUCUCAUUACGCUCUACCACCAGAUGAACUGGCCAGCUCCUUUCCGCAUCAGCUCGACUGCAAAGGGAGAAAAGGUCUUGCCAGGUGCCUACUACUUCAUCGAGGAUGUUAUCGCGGUUAAUGCCCUUGGUGGCCGGCCAUAUCGGGAAGCAUUAGCAGCUCGAUACAAAGCUAGCCCACGUUUCCGAGAGAUGGUCUACAAGCAAUCCUGGUUCUGGUCCAUCCCGGCGCUAGUACUCGCCGUCCCUCUUACCGUCAUAUCCGUCAUUCCACAAGUUCCGGCAACCGGUGCCUAUGGUGUUGCAUGGGCAGUUCCAUUCUUGUGGGCCGCUGUUUGGGGUUUUAUCACUAUUAAAUGGUGCAAGAGAGACAUGAAGCGUGAGAGAGAAGAAUGGGAACUCGGAGUUGAUCCUGAAAAAGAGAUUAAGAGAAAGGGAUCAUCUAUCGAGACGGCAUCAUAG